UAAUUUCUACUCUACUCAAAAAUUCUUCUCUUCUUCGUACUCUAUAUUUACAAGAAAGAGUUCCGCAACAAUAUUACAACAUUCUUCGUAUAAUUUCAUUUCUAACCGACUUCGAAAAAGAGAAGGUUACUCGAUUCGAUGUGCAUAUCUUUUUCUUUCAUAGUGCAAUAAUUUACUAAAUCGAAGAGCAUUAUAAAUAUAAAUGAUUGAAAGCCGUGAAUUUCCAUUUUCUCCAAAGUAUAAUCGUCUUCAUUUAUUAAACAAAAACAUUUCAGUCUGGAUCAAAAGAGCAAGAAUCGCGACAGGGGAGAAUAUCGUGGGUGGGGAGACCAAGAGAGAGAGAGAGAGAGAGAAUGGUCGAGGAGAGGACAGGAGAACUAGAGCGAGAAAGAGACAAGCUUCAUACGCGUUCGCAUUCAGUCUGCCUGCGGCAUUCGUGCCAGUCGUAUUCCGUUGCUUCUUUCACCAUAUUUUAUUUUUAUCUUUUUUUUUUUAAAUAUUUCCUUUUCCAGUUUAUACAGCCUCUUCACUAGUCGAAACAUGAGCUAAACGGUGAACGCAGUACACGCCAAUUGACAAACAGAGAUACAGGCAUCCCCCGAGUGGAGAUAAUGUGCGUUUCACCUCGUAACUCCUUGGUCGUCUUCUCAAAUACCACGAUGCAAUCUGGCUAAGAUCAAGGAUUCGGCGUCGCCCCGCGCGUUUCCGAGCGCGUCGAGUGCUGGUCGUCGCGGCAAGUACACACCAGUCGAUCCAGAAAUGUCGAGUCACGAGGAUAGCUCGAUCGGUUCGGAUAACGAGGACGAGUCGAUCGGGGGAAUCCUGAACGCGAGCCGUCCGCCAGACGAGACCUCGUGGAACGCGGUGCCAAGGAGUGGUGGAAUUCCCCCGCAACCCUCGUCGUCUUUUUCCAUCGGUGAUGCCCCAGGGAAACCGGAUUCGGGUGAGCCGCUCGACGAAAAGAGAACGGAAGACCUCGAGGAAUCUCGAUCGACACCAGAGAAGCGACAAAAAUUUUCUGACGGGAGGAGGUCCUUGUCGGAGGGCGACGGCGAACAAUACCAAAAUGCAAAAGGCUGCAGAUGCAGCAGACUGGAAUCAUCCGAGGACAGAGAGCAGAUUCGAGCUUUUCCUAGCUUCACUGAUGCUCGGCUGCAGAGAAUGAGAUUAUCGAACUUCGAAGAAACAAACACUUUGUACAGAGAGAACUUUGCGAUAUCAGAAAACGAGCUCGAGCGCAGAUACAUCGCGUUCUCGAUAGGGCUCAGUACAGACAGGAUCACCUUGCAUCGGAGAUUAAUAUUAUCUCGGCGACAACGAGAUCUAUCAGAACGUAACUUCACCAGUGAAAUUCAGAAAAUGCAGGAAGACAUACAGGAGUUAUCGCCGCUGUGCACAGACAGGGAAUCGAUGGAGAAAGUGGAAAAGGUCCGUUGCAGGCUAGAGACUAUAAAGAAAUGCGUUCGUAGGACCUGUUACGCUGCUGAAACUCUCGGAGCAGUGCAACAAGAGCAAAGGGUCUGUGGAGGAGUUUUCAUAGCAGACAAGUAUCUUCGAACACUGCGUUCGAGGUGUGAGAGUCUGGCCACGGAAAUCGCUGAGAUCAAACGAAUCUUGUUGAUGCACAACAUCGUGAUCGAGGAGGGCACAGGAGAGAUGGUCGACGAUGCGUCUAAAUUACGUUACUCCAAUAAUCGAGCUAUGGUGUCUAGAAGGAGAGCGAGCAUUGCAACAUUUUCAGGACCUAUAUUUACGCAAGAUGUGAUAAAGGAAGGUCCUAGACAACGUAAUUCCAUUUCCGGUAGAGUUACCCUAAUAACACAAAGGAGGCCAUCGUUGUGCUCCGAUAUGCAACGUUGGGAAAAUGAUAAACUAAACCGAACAGACUCCAGUAGCGUCACUGAGUUACGCGACAUUUCUGAACAGAUCGAGUCGAGGAGGAACUCUUUGGAAGAGAAUAAUAAUCUUCUAAGACACGAUCAAGCGAAUAAUAUUGAGCCUGUGAAUUGUGACGUUAGCAAUAACGCGGAAAACGAAGAUCGAUCAUCGUCGUCAUCGUCUUUCUUAGAAUCCAGCAUGACCAAACACGUUGAGAAACAAUUAAUAUCGUGUAUAAGAAAGGCCGAACCCUUACGAAUAACUAGAAACUUCCAAACAUGGCGGCCGAUACUAUGGUGCGCAUUGAUCUUCUUCCUUGGAUUUUAUGCAAAUUACAUUACUUCAUCGGUGAAUACGUGCGAACACAUGACUACCCUAACAAAAUGAUCGAUUUCAAUUGUAAGAUCUAAAGGUUAAUCUUGUCUACUAGGGUGUUACAGUAUUAAAAAUUUAUUCAGAGUGUAAAAAUAUUUAUAAGGUAAAAUAAUAAAAGACCAGGAUUACAAA